AUGGUGAAAAGGAAAAGCUCAGAGGGUCAGGAGCAGAGAGGCAUCCCUCUGCCCAUCCAGACCUUCCUAUGGAGGCAAACCAGUGCAUUUUUAAGACCUAAACUGGGGAAACAAUAUGAAGCUUCCUGUGUGUCUUUUGAAAGAGUUUUGGUAGAGAACAAGCUGCAUGGCCUUUCUCCAGCUCUCUCUGAAGCCAUCCAGAGCAUUUCUCGCUGGGAACUUGUCCAAGCUGCGCUCCCGCAUGUGCUGCACUGCACUGCAACAUUGCUCUCCAACCGAAACAAGCUAGGACAUCAGGAUAAGCUUGGAGUAGCUGAAACAAAGCUUCUUCACACUCUUCACUGGAUGCUGCUGGAGGCCCCUCAGGACUGCAGCAAUGAGCGAUUUGGAGGAGACAGAGGCUCUAGUUGGGGAGGCAGCAGUAGCGCCUUUAUCCACCAGGCUGAAAACCAGGGAUCACCAGGACAUCCCCAGCCCAGUACCAUGAAUGAUGAGGAGGAGAAUAACAGAAGGAAGUUUUUCCAGAAUUCCAUGGCCACAGUGGAGCUCUUUGUGUUCCUUUUUGCUCCCCUUGUCCACAGGAUUAAAGAGUCUGACCUGACAUUUCGGUUGGCUAGUGGCCUUGUUAUUUGGCAGCCUAUGUGGGAACACAGGCAACCUGAAGUUUCUGCCUUCAACGCCCUUGUAAAACCAAUCAGGAACAUUGUUACAGCUAAGAGAAGUUCUCCCACCAACAAUCAGAGUGUGACUUGUGAAUCCCCUAAUCUGGACAGUGGACAUACUGAGGGACUACAGGUGGUGUGUGAGACAACCCAGCCAGAUUCUGUACCUCCAAAGGCCACUGUUUCAGCAUGUCAUCGUGGAAAUUCCUUGGUAGGAAGCGUAUCCUCCCAAACCUCUCAGGAGAGAG